AACUAUGAAGAAAAAUAUCCUGAGGAUGCCAUCUAUGAAGAGACGGCACCUAACGCGAGGGUUUGGAGAACGUACGAAGAUGAAAGCAGGAUCCACGACGCUAAUAUGGUGGAAGAAUCCCGGGAUAAUGUCGAUGUGCUGCUUGUCUUCGCGGGUCUUUUCUCAGCGGUUGUGACGACUUUCGUCGUUCAAACAUCGCAGAGUUUGCAGCCGGACUAUUCUGCAAUGUCAGCAUCUCUACUUUAUGAAUCUGUCCUUGUUCAACGUGCCAUCGCCAACGGUUCCUCGGUCGACACCAUCGCUCCAUCCCCCCUUAGCCCCAACAUUGCCUUCGUGCCCGCAACCACAGACGUUUGGGUGAACGGACUCUGGUUCACGAGUCUGUUCCUCAGCCUCACGACAGCUCUCUUCGCCGUUCUCGUCAAACAAUGGCUCCACCACUACGUCGUUCUGCCAUCCGGAACACCGCGUGAGCGUGCUUUUACUCGGUUCCUCCCCUUUCUUAUGCACCUCGCGCUCGCUAUCUUCUUUGCAGGAUUGGUCAUUUUCCUACAUCCGCUACAGGCGACUCUGUCGUGGUCCAUCUGUGCGGCAACUGUCGUUGUCUAUGGAGCAUAUAUGGUUGCAACCAUUCUUCCCUUUCUCUUCCCUCGAUGUCCCUAUCGUAUGCCUCUCUACGAUCUUGUUUUCUUUUCCUUUUGUUGGCUCAUUCCACGAGUAUCAUGGGAGGAACUGUGGAGGUCACGACGUUUUGGGAACAUAAUUAUUCGACAUCUUCCCCAUCUUAAACGAAGGAAAACAAGGUCUGAGUCAGAGUCCGUGAAGCAGAUAUCAGAAAACUUGGCUGCUGAAGCACUAGACUAG